AUGCCGAAAUUCGAGCCCAAUGCCAUCCUCCGGGGCGCGCAGCUUACUCUCGUCGGUGCACACAGAGCACUGCAGAACCCGGAGCUCUUCAAGACGGAGCACUACCGGCAAGCUGCUCUCGCGGUCUGUACGGGCAUUGCAAUCCGUCUCGUUGUCGCCAUCCCCAUCGUCGCGGUCAAGCUGGUGAUAUGGAUUCUCUCCUGGGUAGUCGACCUUGAGGGCGCUCUGUGGGCUGAUAAACUGGCCGGGUCUCUGGAUUUCAUCUCCAAAUACGUCCUACAGGUGCCGUUCUUCCUGAUGACGCUGAUGCGAUAUAUAACCCCGACUUUGGAUAACAUGUUCAUGGAGUCUCUUCGCUGGGUUGACAAGACAUAUGUGCAAAAACAUAAACUGGAAGACCCAACGACCCUACGACCCAUGUAUUAUGAUAACCUGAGGAUGUAUUCCACCAAGGGCGGCGGCGGCAGCAGCAAAGGUAGCAAGUCCAAACUUUCGCCCUUGAAGGCCUUUGCGAUACGGUACGGGAAGAGGACGGGUAUGGCGAUGGCGGUCUACGUCCUCUCGCUACUACCUGUAGUCGGCCGCUUUGUCCUUCCGUGUGCCAGUUUCUAUACCUUUAACAAGGCUGUCGGUCCUGGGCCAGCGGUCGUAGUCUUUGGAUCUGGACUGGUUCUGCCCAAGAGGUAUCUAAUCAUGUUUCUGCAAAGCUACUUUUCAUCGCGCAGUCUGAUGAGAGAACUGCUUGAGCCCUACUUCAGUCGGGUGAAGUUUACACCCGACCAGAAACGCCGCUGGUUCCUUGAUAGGGAGGGCGUCUUGUUUGGGUUCGCUGUCGGUUUCUACAUCAUGCUCCGCAUUCCGAUAUUGGGUGUCCUGCUCUAUGGAAUUGCAGAGGCAUCGACGGCGUAUCUGGUGACCAAAAUCACAGAUCCGCCGCCGCCUCCAGCCUACUCUGAAGGCUUUGCCGAAGGCCAGGUGACAUGGACGAACAAGCAUUUGUUCUUGAGACUGCCGCUAGAGGCACUUGACUUGCCUAAUGUCAAGGCCAGCGAAGGGAAGAAGAUCAGUGAAGUGAAUACUACCGGAUCAGAAGUAAAUGAACUGAACGAACCGGGGAGACGGUUUAGUUGA